AACUAUUUUAGGGAAAAUGCUUUGGUGGAAAUGUGCUCUCUGUUCUUCAUGAGAAUCUUGCAUCCUUGGCUGGAUCUGGCAAAGCUGAAGAAAUAUGUCAUGCUUUAACUCGAGCAGCAGCACUACCUUAUUUUGAGAUUUUAGAAAAGUGGAUUUAUAAAGGAAUCAUAUCUGAUUAUUAUUCAGAGUUUUUAGUUGAAGAUAACGAAUUAAUCAAAAAAGAAGAAUUACCUGUGGAAUGCAGUAAUGCUUAUUGGGAAAAACGAUACAUUAUUAGAAAAGAUCAGAUUCCUGUAUUCUUAGAAAAAGCAGCUGAUAUGAUUUUAAGGACAGGAAAAUACCUGAAUGUUAUUCGUCAGUGUGGUAAAACAAUUGAUUGCCCUGAUGCUAAAGCUAUUAUGUACACUUCUCGUGAAAGCAAAUAUGUAGAAUACAUUGAACCUGCAUAUCAUUUUGCAAGCAAACAGUUGUUAGAUCUCUUAAUGGAUGAUGCUGAUCUACGAGGAAGGCUUAUAUCAGUGAAGCACUACUUUCUUUUGGAUCAAGGAGAUUUUAUUGUUCAAUUCAUGGACAUGGCAGAAGAAGAGUUACAGAAGGAUAUUGAUGAUAUCAUGCCUUCAAGACUAGAAUCUCUCUUAGAACUAGCUUUACGUACAAGCGUAGUGAAUGAAGACAAGUAUAAAGAUGAUGUCAGAGUUGAACUUCUUCCUUAUGAUCUAUUAACCCAAAUGUUCAGAAUACUGAUGAUUCCACCCGAAGUCCAGAAUGAAUACAGAAAUGCAGAUGACAUGCAGUUGACAGGAUUAGAAGCUUUUGCAUUUGAUUAUGAAGUCAAGUGGCCUCUUUCACUUGUUAUAAAUGGAAAGGCACUGGCUUGCUACCAGAUCCUGUUUCGUCAUUUAUUUUAUUGCAAACACAUAGAAAAUAUCUUAGGACGUGUAUGGUCUUUAAAUAAACGAGCUAAAUCUCUCCCUCCUUCAAAAGUGUGUGUCUAUGCCUCUGCAUUUGCCCUUCGUCAAAGGAUGCUAAAUUUCAUUCAGAACUUGGAUUACUAUUUAACUCUUGAAGUUAUUGAACCCCAUUGGAAUGAUUUUUUCAAAAAAAUGUCACAGGUCACAAAUGUAGAUGAAGUACUCUUAUGCCAUCAGGAUUUCCUUGAUAAUUGUGUUGAUGACUGCAUGCUUACAAAUCCCAAUCUUCUUCAAUUAUUAGAAAUGCUAAUGAAAUUAUGUGCUGAUUUUUCAAACUUUUUACAGGGAAUCAUGAGAUGUUCUAUGGACAUAUCUGUGAUGCCUGACAGUAUGCUGUUUUCUAUGAAUGAGGAACCUUUUGCAGAGGUAUCAAGUUAUCCGGCAGCACUAGAAAAUUUUCAACAGCAAGUUGAAACUUUUCAGAAAAAAUUUGAUGAAGGCAUCAUUAGCAUGUUGAAUAUCUUGCACAAUGUUCACCAAAAAAAGCAAACCUCCAGAAUAAUUAAUAUGUCUUACAGAUUGGACUUUAAUGGCUUCUAUGAAGAAAUGAAACUUAAAUCAGAAGAAAGUGAUUAAGUUAAUUAAGUUUCAUAAAGUGUGUAUAUAUGAGACAGAAUAAAUGCCAAAUCAAUGUACAUUUAGUCCUUGAAAUAUGUAAAUUCUGGAAAUGUGUAUUAUUAUAGUAACAGAAUGAUACAAAGUAUUGUAAAAAUACUUUAAAUUAUUUUUGUAUUUUUUAAAAUUUCAAACUCAAGUUCUUUAUAAUUAUUAUAUGUUAUUGAAAUGUAAUUUUUUUCAUCUAUUUAAAAUGUAAAAUAUUUAAAUUCACUAUUUCUGAUUUACAUUUGCUGCAAUUUAUGAAAUUGCCCACAGUUAGCAGAGUUUACUUGCCUUACUACAGCAGAUAUAUGUAGCAUUGUAAAUCAAAUUUUGCACUGGAGUGUACAUGAAAACCAUUCUGAUAUCACUGAAGUCUCAUCACAACAAACUCUCCUAUACAUGAGUGUGACAGCUUUCCUUAACAUGUUCAUUGUCAUCUAUGACAAUACUUGUGUAGCUGGCAAGCUGAGUUUACUUGCCCACUAAAAAGUAAAUCAUUAUUGGUCACCUUACCUAAAUCACCGAGUACUAGUAUUGCUAUAGCAAAUGCAUGUAAUGUUUAUGUGCUUCACAUACUGAAAUGGAUCUUUUAUUUCUAAAAAUGCUAUAGACAAACUGCUUGAAUUCUUAUUCAGAAUAAUGGAAAAUAACAUAUUACAUGUGCAGGAGUUUUACAUCAAUGCAGAGAACAGAUGAGUAUUGCGUAUCUAGUUUUGAGUUAUCGCGUAGUUGGCACAAGGAGCAAAACUGUUCCAUAUGCCAAACAUGAGUAUACUUGUAAAAAGUAAUCUAUAUUUAAAUAAUAAAAACAAAAGAAAAUAACUUAAAAGCUUAAACGUGCAGAAUCGUGGUGUUUGUGAACAGAUGCAUCGUAUCAACUGUGGCAGCAAACAUGUUAAUUCUGUAAAAUAUUACCAUGCUACUUUGCUCGAUACAUUUCAAGUGUUAAAUCUCUCAGCAAAUUCUGAUUAUUAGCAUGCUGAAUUGACAGUGAUUAACAAUUUUAAGACUUCUGCAAACAGUAAAUGGUUGAAAGUUCUUUUAAUUUUAAAGUAAAUAUUUUACUUUCUCAACAGUUCAGAUCUUAAUUUUUCUGUAUGUUAUAAUUGUGUCCCAUAUUUUUACUUGUAAAUAAAAAGUCACAUUCUUGAAACUUA